CUUUACUCCUAAACCGCAACUCCAUAACACUUUGUGUUUUAAAAAUAUUUGCUGGGAUAUACAACUGCUCGUCCGAGACGCAGAUAACUUUUUAUUCAGGAUAUUUUAGAAAAAGAACUUCUCAAUAAUAUGGGAAAAGAAAAUAUCUGUUUUUUGUCUGUUUGGAUAAUUUUGGGGAAAUUCUUUGCAACCUUUUCUUCUGACCCUGAACUCACCACCACUGUGUUUGUAAACACCACACUCACCACUACUCUCCCGCCCACCACUACUGAAUGGAUCACAGAGUACAAUGACAUCGUGACCAAGUUCUCCCUGCGAACUGUGGACAUCCCAGAUGAAGACAUGUGCCACAUCGUGGCCGGCAGGCCAGAAACCAUCAAAGAGUGUGAAUUCAACUCUUCGAUUCAAACCUUCGUUGUGAUACAUGGCUGGACGGUGACAGGGAUGUUCGAGAGCUGGGUGCCCAAACUGGUGUCUGCUCUGUACAAGCGUGUGCCCAGCGCCAAUGUGAUCGUGGUGGACUGGCUGACCCGUGCCAACCAGCACUACCCGACCUCUGCAGCCUACACCAAGCUAGUGGGGCGCGACGUGGCCAAGUUUGUUACAUGGAUACAGAAAGAGCUGCAGAUGCCCUGGGAGAGGAUUCAUCUGCUGGGCUACAGUCUGGGAGCACAUGUGGCUGGAAUUGCCGGCGACCUCACUGGACAUAAAAUCAGCAGAAUAACAGGUCUGGAUCCCGCUGGUCCGACCUUCGAGAACGCAGACAACCAGAACACUCUGUCCCGAGACGAUGCCCAGUUUGUGGACGUCCUGCACACCAACACCAGGGGCUCCCCGGGCCGCAGCAUCGGCAUCCAGAGACCCGUGGGCCACAUCGACAUUUACCCCAACGGAGGCACUUUCCAGCCAGGCUGCGACAUCCAGAAUACAUUGAUGGGGAUCGCACUGGAAGGCAUCAAGGGCCUCCAAAAUAUGGACCAGCUCGUCAAAUGUUCCCACGAGCGCUCCAUCCACCUGUUCAUCGACUCCCUGGUGAACAUCCAGCAGCAGAGCAUGGCCUACCGCUGCAACUCCAGAGAGACCUUCAACAAGGGGAUGUGCCUGAGCUGCAGGAAGAACCGCUGCAACAACCUGGGCUACAACAUCAAGAAGGUCCGCAUGAGCCGCAGCACCAAGAUGUACCUCAAGACUCGUGACAUGAUGCCUUACAAAGUUUUCCACUAUCAAGUGAAGGUGCACCUCUUCAGUAAGGACCAACUGGACUUCACCGAGCAGCCAAUGAAGAUUUCUCUGUACGGCACCCACGGAGAGAAGGAGGACAUUCCCUUCGUCCUGCCCGUCCUGAACGGUAACACCACUUUGUCCUUCCUCAUCACCACCGACGUGGACAUUGGAGACCUGAUGAUCGUGAAGCUGCGCUGGGAGAAGGACACGAUCAUCAGCUGGUCCGACUGGUGGGGCAGCAGCAAGUUCCACAUCCGAAAACUGCGCAUCAAGUCCGGAGAGACCCAGUCCAAGGUGAUCUUCAGCUCGAAGGACGGAGAGUUCGCCUACCUCAUCAGGGGAGGAGAACAUGGAGUCUUUGUCAAGUCGAAAGAAGACACGAUGAGUCGUAAAGAGAAAUUGAUGCACAAGCUGAAAACGCAGGGCACUCUUUUUGGGCAGAACGACGCUUGAAGUUGCACUUGAACACACAUCAUGCACAUCCAUCUCUACACACAUAGCCAAAGAUGGACAGCACACGGCAACACUGGGAAAGCCUUUGCAAGUAACUGGACAUAUACUGAAUGCUACGUUUCUUUCUGAUUUUCCUCCUGCUGACUUCAACUCCCAGUGCAGCCAAGACAACUUCAUCCUCAGUGCUGGAAAUCAUUCUGCUUACAAGCUCUCUCCUGUCUCUGCUGCAGGUUUCUUUGUGAUGAUGUGCUCACAUGAGACAGAUUUACACUUUCAGUAACCUUUGCUGCAUAUCUUUGUAAUCAUUUGUUUAUGCUCGUGUAGCCUACAUGUACUGUUUAUACUGAUUUUGAACCCCUAAAGUGGUGUGUUUUCUUUGCCUAUGUGAACUUGGAUUAUUGUUAAUGUAUAAAUGAUUCAGAGUGAGAGGCUUAAUUAAGGCACAUCUUUUUCUUUUUCUUAAAUGUGCAAAAUGAUUAUUUCGUCCCUCAUGUUUGUCUUUACCGAACCACUAAUCGACAGGGACCAAAGAAGUAUUUACUAUCUACUGAACGGAUAAUCACAGUGGUCUUUGUAAAUACUUUUUUAAAUCAGUAUUAUAUAUAUUUUUUAAUAUGAAUAAUGUGUUCAUAUCAGAUCUCUUGAAGCCUUGCUUGUUAUUCGAUUGCGUUUUGGUUUAUUGUGUCACUGGUCACUUUAAAAGGCUCUCUGUCCCUUGCAGCCAUUUAGAUGUUAAAGUCAUUGAGAUUGCGGUCCAACAGGGAUAUGCAUUUUGUAGUUUAGGUCAUUUUUUCAUGAAAUUGAACUGAGGUCACUUUUAAAUCCAGUUAUGGCUAAGUGCAUGUUAAUAACUUCAUGAAUGUGUCGACAGUGUCUCAACUGCAACAAUUUACCUCAUUGACCAAGCUCUGUCUACAACAUGCCCUUAUUUUGAAAGGUCAAAUAUUAUAAAAUUGAUGAAAAUAAAGAUGCAAGCAUUGGUAAUUUGUGAUGGACUGGCCUACAUGUUAGCCAUAAUACAUCUCAAGAAUACUUCAUAUUGUAUUUAUCGAAUGUACAUUUAUAUAUUUGUAUAUUAAGCUGUAAUAUAUUUUGGCAGGCUUCCAUUGUCGUGUUGUUUUUUAUAAAAUGAAGUCUUUUGUGAUUUUAUGCACAAGGCUUUGGAAAGAUUGAUCCAAUUGGUCUCCAUGCCAGCUGCUCAGUGAACUUACUUUGAUGAACUGAAAUGCAGUGCACUGUAUAAAGACCCCACGAUGGUUUAAUAAAAGAGAUAAACCACAUAUUCCAAUA